UACUUCCACAAAACAUAGUAAAAGAGUUUUUUGGAAAACUAACCCUUUGGAAAACAUUGUGGGGUGAUGGAUUGGGAUUUGGAGGCAUCUUCUUUCUCGGGGCUUUCACAGAGUGAUGAUAGUUGGAAAAAGUAAAAAAUGACUCGCCAACUCAAAGCAGCAUAUUCCAUUGUACAUCAUUAGGUGCUAAAACUCCAGGUUCAAUGCCAUGUGCCACUUCCAACUACAAUAAUUGACGAAUGGGGGGUGACAGGUCAUCCAACACCGAAAUUUCUAUGAUAAGCUUUGUUCAUCUUUCACGAAUUUGGGUUUUUUUUUGUUGAGCACAACAACAAGAAGCCGAGAAGGAGGGGCCUCAUGAGGAAUGGAUAUGGAGUUAUAUGGAUGCUUGCAAUAGUGUUAUUGACCACAAAAACAACGGCAGUCAAUCAAAAUCACAUACCCACCACUCUAGAAGGUCCAUUUGAGCCUGUAACUCGUCGAUUUGAUUCGUCUUUGCGUCGAGGAAGUGUUGACUUGCCAAUGAAUCAUCCAAGGCUCAAGAAGAAUGUCACCUCAAAUUUCCCAGAACAGAUAGCUCUCGCUCUCUCUACCCCAACUUCAAUGUGGGUUUCUUGGGUCACUGGGGAUGCGCAGAUUGGCUCUAAUGUUACUCCCCUUGAUCCUUCAUCAGUUGCGAGUGAAGUCUGGUAUGGGAAGGAAAGUGGCAAGUAUACAAGCAAAAGGGGAGGGAAUUCAACAAUUUAUAACCAAUUUUAUCCAUUUGAGGGACUUUUCAAUUACACCUCUGGCAUCAUUCACCACGUCAGAAUUGAUGGUCUUGAACCUGGAACUAAAUACUAUUACAAGUGCGGGGACAGCUCUAUUCCAGCAAUGAGUGAGGAGCAUGUCUUUGAAACUUUACCAUUGCCUAGGCCAAAUGCUUAUCCUCGGCGAAUAGCAGUCAUUGGGGAUUUGGGUCUCACCAGCAAUUCAUCUACAACCAUUGAUCAUCUCAUUAUGAAUGAUCCAUCAAUGAUUUUAAUGGUUGGUGACUUGACUUAUGCCAAUCAGUAUCGUACAUCAGGAGGGAAAGGAGUUCCAUGCUUUUCGUGUGCAUUCCCAGAUGCACCUAUUAGAGAGACAUAUCAACCCCGCUGGGAUGCAUGGGGGAGGUUCAUGGAGCCAUUGGUUUCAAGAGUUCCUAUGAUGGUGAUUGAAGGCAACCAUGAGAUUGAGCCUCAAGUUUCUGGGAUUACUUUCAAAUCAUACGUGACAAGAUUUGCAGUUCCCUCUGAAGAGUCUGGCUCUGGCAGUAACUUCUACUACUCUUUUGAUGCAAGUGGGGUACAUUUUGUCAUGUUGGGAGCAUACAUCGACUACAACAGCACUGGUGCCCAAUAUAAUUGGUUAAAAGAAGAUUUGCAAAAAGUGGACCGGACAGUGACCCCUUGGUUGGUAGCUGCGUGGCAUCCACCUUGGUAUAAUAGCUAUUCCUCACACUAUCAGGAGUUUGAAUGCAUGAGGCAAGAAAUGGAAACUCUUUUGUAUCAACAUAAAGUUGAUAUCAUUUUUACUGGUCAUGUUCAUGCUUAUGAGCGAAUGAACAGAGUAUUUAACUACACUUUAGAUCCGUGUGGACCUGUUUAUAUAACAGUUGGAGAUGGUGGGAAUAUCGAACAAGUUGAUGUUGAUUUCGCUGAUGACCCUGGGAAGUGUCCUUCAACUGGAGACAACAUACCAGAAUUUGGAGGAGUAUGUCACUUGAAUUUCACUUCAGGUCCUGCUAAAGACAAGUUUUGUUGGGACAAGCAACCAGAGUGGAGUGCGUUUAGAGAAAGCAGCUUUGGACAUGGAAUUCUUGAGGUUUUGAAUUCAACAUAUGCAUUAUGGACUUGGCAUAGAAAUCAGGACAUCUACAAGAACGAUAGCCAUGGCGAUCAGAUAUACAUCGUGCGACAACCUGAAUUGUGCGCUCUUUCUACAGCUCUAAAAGGAGAGAAUCAAUCGCGAACAGGAGGGCAAACGAAAGCAACAGCAGGAGUAGCAGCUACAUCUAUAAGGAUGUUUGUCCACCCACUAAUGGUUAUAAUUAUGAUUGCCUUCUUAAUAUGCUAAUACAAAUGAAAGAACAUUCAAAAUUUGUUGUUCAUUCCAAAUAGAGUUAAGAAAGAAAAUCUAUAUUGGUUCUUUUAUUUCUCUACGUCGUGAUAGUUAACCUGAUAUGGUGAUACUGACAUGAAUUAUGUACAAUUUUAUUACUUUGUGUAAAUAUUUUUUUGAGAAGGAAGAUCAUAGAAACAAUUC